CACCUUCUCCACCGCAACAUUCCUCUUCUCGCGCCGACUUCCUUCCACAGCCACCUUCUUGUGAGCUCGGAAGAGUCAUGACUGUGCCGCCCGAAGGCUGAAGCAGACUUUCCUUCACUUUCACCGGAUCACAGCACGCCAGCCGCCGACAUGGGGGACGCCGUCGUAGGCAUCAUUGGCAUGGGCGACAUGGGAAAGAUGUACGCGAGGAGGAUUGCAGACGCUGGGUGGAAGUGAGUGCAGCCUCUUCUACGGCCUGCUUGGAGUGGAACACAUCAAUGGUCAUCUCCAGCUACUGAUAGCAACCAGAGUCCACGCCUGCGAUGUUCCCGAAAAGUACGAAGCCCUUAAGGCCGAGUUCGCCAGCAGAGUAGGACACCACCUAUAUAGUCUCCGAAAAAUACAGCAAGAGAAGCAUUCGCUGAACGCGUAUCCUCCAGAGCAAUGUCACAAUCCUUCCAGAUGGUCACCUCGUCUCCCGCAGCAGUGACUGGAUCAUGUACAGCGUCGAAGCCAAGAACAUCGAUGCUAUCGUAGCGAAGUACGGUCCCAGCACCCGCAUGGGAGCCAUUGUCGGCGGGCAGACCUCGACCAAGGCCCCAGAAAUCGCCGCCUUUGAACGACACCUGCCCUCCGAUGUUGAGAUCGUCUCCUGCCACUCUCUACACGGCCCCGGCGUUGAUCCCAAAGGCCAGCCUCUCGUCAUCAUCAACCACCGCGCUAGCGACAAAUCAGUCGCCCUCGUCGAGCGCAUCCUCUCCUGCUUCGAAUCCACCUUUGUUCCCCUCUCCGCCGAGAAGCAUGAUCGCAUUACAGCCGAUACCCAAGCCGUCACGCAUCUCGCCUUCCUAUCCAUGGGAACGGCAUGGCAAGCCAACGACCAAUUCCCCUGGGAAGUCCCCCGCUACAUUGGCGGCAUCGAAAAUGUCAAAAUCAACCUCAUGAUGCGAAUCUACAGUAACAAAUGGCACGUCUACGCCGGCCUCGCGAUUUUGAAUCCUUGGGCUAAAGCGCAAAUCGCUCAGUACGCCGAAAGCGUGACUGAAUUGUACAAGCUCAUGCUAUCAAAUCAGAAAGAAGAAUUCGAAAACAGAAUUUAUGCGGCCCGAGACGCGGUGUUCGGUGCAGAGAGCGGACAUCCAAAGGGAGAGGACAAGGAAGAAUUGCUGCUGGAAGAUGAGCUAUUGGACAAAUUCUCCUUGGGCGACAAGCCGCAGCAACGCGUCAAGAACAACCAUUUGAGUUUGUUGGCGAUUGUUGACUGUUGGUGGAAAUUGGGGAUCGUGCCGUAUGAUCACAUGAUUUGCUCGACGCCGCUUUUCCGCCUCUGGCUCGGCAUCACAGAAUACGUCUACCGCUCUCCUGCUUUGCUGUCCGAAUGCAUUUCGACCGCUCUCAAUGACGUCUCGUUCCGUGCCGAUGAUCUGGAAUUCACGUUUGCGGCGAGAGACUGGUCCGAACGCGUGCAGUUGGGGCACAUGGAUGGCUAUCGGGAGAAGUUUGAACGUAUUCAGAAGUACUUCAGACCGAGAGUGGCGGAUGCGACGAAAGUGGGUAACGAAAUGAUCAAGACUAUUGAGGCCAAUCUCAAAGAGAGGAGGGCGAGGAAGGAGUGUGGAGAAUGAACGGCACAGGCACGACCCAAUGAAUGUACACGGAAAGAAGGCUGCGUUUUGCGCACAGCCCAUCGUCGUAUCUACCACAGCCGCACUAGUGGUGCAGAGAUAUAUAUCUUGGCUCCGUGAUUACGGACGCUACAGUGAACAAUCGCCGUCAACGCCUAGCAAAUGAAACAGAUCAUUCAAAAGACAUGGCAAGA